AUGUCUGAAUCAAAACCUCAAGAAGAGGCAAAGCCUGUCGAGAAUGUUGAGGCAAAGACGGAGGAGGAAUUACCGCCGCUGUCGGAUCAUGAGUUUAAGAUCUAUAACCGAGCGGCCGACCACAUGGAAUAUUUUCACAACAACUUUCGAAGAUCAUGGAACCUCCUAUGGAAUGCCUGUACCAACAACCGUCGACCCCAAGGCAUGUCACUAAAGCAGUUCAUCAUGGAAGGUCUCCAAUUCGCUGAGCAUCUCACCAUGCACCACAACAUCGAGGAGACGUACAUCUUCCCCGUGCUAGCCAAGAAGAUGCCCGAGUUCAGAGGAGGACGCGCUGAACUUCUCCGCCAGCACAAGCAGAUCCACGCGGGGCUGGAACACUUUGAGGAGUACCUCAAGAAAUGCAGGACAGGGGACGAGGAGUUUGAGCUCAGCGUGCUCAAGACAAAGAUGGAGACUUGGGGUGAGGUGCUGUGGAAGCAUCUGGACCAAGAGGUUGAGACGUUGGGGGCGAAUAAUAUGAGGAAAUAUUGGACCAAGGAGGAGGUGAUGAGAUUACCCAUGUGA